GUUUUCACAUCAGUUUGAAACUUGUUUCUGAUGUUUAGAUUCUGCGCAAUACCUUUUUUUGCGUUCACACAUCACUUUCUAGCUGUUAUCAAACUAAGAAUCGGUUGUUCACACAUCAAUUCGUGACAGUUUGCUAGCAGCAAGAAGAGUUUGCGGAUUAUCUCCAAGUAAAGAGUUGGAGCAUGCGCAAUUCGCUAUAUUUUGGACAAUCACUGUACCUAUAUUCCUGCGUAGUCACUCUGCGUAGUCAAGCUUGUUUUGAAAUCUUUCUUUGUGUUUGAGGUUAAAACAAAAAACAAUUCAAAGAAACAAUUAUUGUGAUUUGUGGUAGGUAAUUUAAUUGAAAAAUGUCUGGUUUUUCUUCAUCCGAUGCAUCUGAAUUCUCCCAAAUGUCUGAAACAGAUUCAGAUCUGGAAAUUAUGUUAGAAGAAAGAAUUCGGCCUAAAAAUCAAACUUUCUUUGAACAGAUUGUACCACAGUUUAAUGAUAAAGAACACAUAGAACACUUCCGUGUAAGUAAAGAUGUUGCUGCCGACAUCGCUGUUCGCUUUGAAAAUAGUGAAUAUUAUAAGUGGCAAUUGGGACCACAUGAAAAACUUACCUCAUUGAAGCAGACACACAUUUUUCUAUGGUUUGCGGGGCAUCAAAGUGCCAGCUUCCGUGAUGUGGCAGAUAGAUUUAAUAUAUGCAUAAGUUCCCUACAUAAAGUAGUAAAACGAAUGACAUAUUUUCUAAGCAAUUUAGCGCCUGAAAUAAUAAUAUGGCCUAACAAUGAAAGGCAAGCUGAUAUUGAAAGAUAUUUUCGCCAAAAAAAUGGGUAUCCAGGAAUUAUAGGAGCUAUAGAUGGAACCCACAUCAGAAUAGACAAGCCUCUGGAGGAUCCAGACUCUUAUAUAAAUAGGAAAGGGUAUUACUCAAUACAGGCACAACUUGUCUGUGACCAUCAAUUAAAAAUAACAAAUUUAUUUGUUGGAUAUCCAGGUUCGGUACACGAUGCACGUGUUUUCAGAACAUCAGACCUAUUUAAUUCACUCCAAGAGAAGUGUAAUGAAUUCCAUAUUUUAGGAGACAGUGCCUAUCCUUUAAUGUACAAUCUUAUGACUCCUUUUCCAGACAGGGGAAUGUUAACUAGAAACCAAAUUAACUAUAAUGUCCAACACUCGUCCAAUAGGAUUUGUAUCGAACACUGCAAUGGCUUAUUAAAACAAAAAUGGCGCCAAUUAUAUCAUAUUAAGUUAAGAGAUAUACGUACAAUAGUUCAUUUUAUUAGGGCAUGUUGUGUACUUCAUAACUUAGGACUGAAUGAUAAUUUUCUGUACAUAGAAGGUGAUAAUAAUUUAGAAGCAAAUGAAAAUAAUGUAAAUUUAUUUGAUAUCCAAGAUGCUGCAGAACACGCAAAUCAGGAUGCUGUACAAAAAAGAAACAUGAUUGUAAAUACUUUAGAAUAAUUCAAGUGAUAGGCCUAGUACAGGGUCUUUCUAUAUUAUUAAACCACCCAGGAGUAUUUUAGGAGAUAUAAGAAAAUGCGGGUAAAUUUAAAUUUUCGCUUAGCCAAAAUCAGUUGUGAAAAGAAAAAUUGCCUUUUCGAAGCUUGUGCAACCUACACAAUGUAUUCUUACUUAGAUUAUUAUUUGCAAUAAUAUAAUAAUCAUUA